CAAAAAUCAACUUGCGGUCACGCUACACACGUGGUUUCUUUUUAUGCGUGCAGCGUUUUUGAUAUACCGCGUGCGUUUUUGAAUUGGUGGAUACACUUGUAUUAAAACACAAAAGUACAGAUAUUUAAAAUGGGCAAACCUGGUUUCAGUCCUCGUGGUGGUGGCGGUGGCGGCGGUAGAGGAGGAGGCGGUGGUGGUGGCUUCCGCGGUGGAGCUGGAGGACGCGGUGGCGGCGGUGGCCGUGGAGGCGGUGGCGGAUUUGGUAGCCGUGGAGGAGGCGGUGGACGCGGAGGUGGUGGUGAUCGUGGCUUUGGCGGUGGUCGUGGAGGUGGUGGCCGCGGUGGCGGACGUGGUGCUGGAGGUCGUGGAGGUGGUGGCCGUGGAGGCGGUCGUGGUGGUGGCGGACGUGGAGGUGGUGCUGGAGGCUUUAAGGGCGGCAAAACAGUCACCAUUGAGCCACAUCGUCACGAGGGCGUGUUCAUUGCCCGUGGCAAGGAGGAUGCUCUGGUCACCCGCAACUUUGUACCCGGCUCCGAGGUCUACGGCGAGAAGCGAAUUUCCGUUGAGACUGGUGGCGAGAAGAUUGAGUACCGUGUGUGGAAUCCCUUCCGUUCCAAGUUGGCCGCUGCUAUUCUUGGCGGUGUUGAGAAGAUUCACAUGCCUCCCGGCUCCAAGGUUCUUUAUUUGGGUGGCGCCUCUGGCACAACCGUGUCCCACGUCUCGGACGUUGUCGGACCCGAGGGUCUCGUUUACGCCGUGGAGUUCUCACAUCGUUCCGGCCGUGAUCUGAUAAAUGUGGCAAAGAAGCGCACCAACAUUAUCCCCAUCAUUGAGGACGCACGUCAUCCACACAAGUAUCGCAUGCUAGUCGGUAUGGUGGACACCAUUUUCGCUGAUGUUGCCCAGCCAGAUCAGGGACGUAUUGUCGCACUGAAUGCCCAGCAUUUCCUUAAGAAUGGCGGUCACUUCGUCAUCUCCAUCAAGGCGUCGUGCAUUGAUUCUACAGCGCAACCCGAAGCGGUAUUUGCUGCUGAGGUGAAGAAGAUGCAGGCGGACAAACUGAAACCACAGGAGCAGCUCACGCUGGAGCCUUACGAGCGUGACCAUGCCGUCGUUGUGGGUGUCUACCGACCACCACCAAAGCAACUAAAUUUCAUAACAAUUGCCAGAACAGCUGAUUAUGGGAACUUAUCGAUAACAAUUUCAGCAGCCGGUGUAAGUGAGCUGCCAACUUGUAAACAGUUCUCUUUUGGCAAAUUUUCAAAUGCGGUCACUCUGUUGCUUACUCGCACACGUGUUGACGGCUUGAGCAUACAAUUUGUAAACACGCGCUGCACUAAGCGCAUAAAAAUGGGCGCAACUAAAAAUAUGGACUUGAUCGGCACAAUUGAAGACGAUGCCGAGGUGGAGAAUCUAUCUGAGGACUCAGACGCCGAAGUAGAAUAUCAACCGACUAAACUGCGACACAAAAAGGUUACCGAGUUUGAAAAGGGCUUUGAGUUUGUGUCUUCGGUUAAGGAGUACAAUCAAGACACUUGGGAUGAUCUGAUGAAGUACGUAAAGCGCAAGGCGCGCACAAAGACAGACGACAAAAUCGCUGCUCGUCUUCAGCAACGCGGAGGAGCCGAAGCUGUGGCAGCCGAGCAGAGCGAUGAGGAGAUCGCGCUUUCCGAUGAUGAACUGCAACAUGAUAAUUUGCGACUACGCGAGAAAAAGCUAAGUAAGAACAAGAAGAAGAAACAGAAUGGAGACGAUGAGGAAGAGGAGGAGGGCGAAAAGAUGCAAUUCGAUGACACUAUCGAGGCUAACGAGCUCAUCACGUCCUUUUACCAAAUGAAUCUAUCGCGUCCCCUCAUGCGCGCUAUCGGUGUGCUCGGCUACAUCUACCCAACACCCAUUCAGUCAUCGACCAUCCCUGUGGCUCUUCUCGGACGCGAUGUUUGCGGCUGUGCGGCGACGGGUACGGGAAAAACUGCAGCCUAUAUGCUGCCCACACUGGAGCGUCUGCUCUAUAGGCCACUAAACAACAAGGCCAUAACUAGAGUACUGGUGUUGGUGCCCACUCGUGAGCUGGGCGCCCAGGUUUAUCAGGUGACCAAGCAGCUUUGCCAGUUUACUUCAAUUGAUGUUGGUCUAGCAAUUGGUGGACUCGAUGUGAAGGCGCAGGAGUCUGUGCUGCGACAGAAUCCGGAUAUUGUUAUAGCGACACCGGGUCGUCUCAUUGAUCACAUCAAAAACACGCCCAGCUUUACCUUGGACUCCAUUGAGGUACUCAUUUUGGAUGAAGCAGAUCGUAUGUUGGACGAGUAUUUUGCGGAGCAAAUGAAGGAGAUCAUCAACUCCUGCUGCAAGACUCGCCAGACGAUGCUCUUCUCAGCCACCAUGAGUGAACAAGUCAAGGACUUGGCUGCUGUCUCACUGGACAAGCCCGUCAAAGUGUUUGUGAACAACAAUCAACAGGUGGCCUACAAUUUGAGGCAGGAGUUCAUACGCAUUCGCGAGGACAAGGAAGGCGAUCGGGAACCCAUCUUGGCCAGUUUAAUUUGCCGCACCUUCCACGAUCAUUGCAUGGUCUUUGUCCAGACUAAAAAGCAGGCACAUCGUCUACAUAUUCUGUUAGGACUGCUGGGAGUUAGAGCUGGUGAAUUGCACGGCAAUCUAACGCAGCAACAGCGAUUGGAGUCGCUCAAGAAGUUUAAGGAGGAGCAGAUUGAUGUGUUAAUUGCCACCGAUGUGGCGGCACGUGGUCUCGACAUUGUGGGCGUAAAAACCGUCAUCAAUUUUGUGAUGCCCAUUACCACAGAGCAUUAUAUCCAUCGUGUGGGUCGUACAGCUCGUGCGGGCCGUGCGGGUAUCUCUGUAUCGCUGGCUGGGGAGAAGGAGCGCAAGAUUGUCAAGGACAUUAUUAAGAAUGCCGAGAGUAGCGUCAAGAAUCGCAUUAUACCGCCAGAGAUCAUUGAGAAGUAUCGCAAUAAGCUCACUGGUCUGGAGCCCGAGAUUCAAAACAUUCUCGACGAGGAGCAGGCAGAACGUCAGCUGGCCAAGACGGAGCAGCAGCUGUCGAAGACGGAACGCAAGCUGCUGGGGCAACCCAAUGAAAGACGCACCUGGUUCCAGACCAAGCAACAGCGAGAGAAUGAAAAAGCUCGUCUUGCCUUAAACGAUGGUGAUGAGGCAGCCAAACCUGCAGGCGGCAAAGGCAAGACAGCUGGCAAGCGGAAGCGACCCGAAUAUGGUGGCGACGGCGAGGAUGGACCGCCAGUUAAGGAGCUAGAGGCCAAGCGCAAGAAGAAGAAGGAGGAGCCAAGAAAGAAAACACCAGAGCAGCUGGCCAAGGAACGCGCCAUGAAGGAAGUGGAGAAGGUGUCGCUUGUGCGCGCCAAGAUGGCGAAGUUACGCAAGCGACCUGGUAAAUUGGGAGCAGCAACUGAAAAUACCAAAUAUUCAGGAGCUGGAGGCAAACCCAAACGGCGUGGAGGACAAUCCGCUUUCACUAACGAUUUGACUGAUGUCAGUCGCAGUGGAGCACUGCGUUUGAGAUCCGAAGCCAAUCGUCACAAAAAGAUGUCAAAGAUUUCGGCCAAAAAGAAGACGAGCAACGUUAAGCUGAUCAACAAGGCGGGCAAAAACAAAUUUAACAAGGGCAAAAACUUUGGUGGGCCUCGUUUUAACAAAAAGGGCAAAAACUAAUUAUUGCGGAGGCGAAUUCUUAAUUAAUAAAAUAUUGAAACAAGUUAUAAAUAUUUAAUAAAUAAGUGUACAUACA